GUAAACCACUCAAUUCCACGUCUCCUGUCCCGGCUUGACCCGCAAUCAACGGUUAGCCUUCUCCGCCGAGCCGACCUACAGAAACCCCUUAACGUCGGUUGCCAUCGCGCCGUCUUAGCCAGCUCCGAGGAGUGUUCAUCCGUCGAGGUGGGCUCCUCUAUCGGAAAAAUGGAGGUCACCAUCGCGCCGUCUUAACUGUGGUUUGCCCGAUGAGGCAAUCCCUCCGCUUGCCCUUUGCCUUCUUGCUCCUUGUCGCCGCGUUCUUCGUCUUCAGUCUCUGGGAGUUUUUCCUCGGUGGCCGUCCCGCCGCGUCGAUGCAGGAGGAUGCUCCAAUUGUGGUGAUGUCUCUUCCGUGCAGCCCCAAUGCGACGUUGAAUGCGACAUUGAUUAGGAUGGCGACGACGGAAGUUGGGGAGGCGGAGUUGCGAACGGACAUAGAGAGCCUCCUCGAGGGGAGAUUUACGUCAGUUUACGAAGGCCCAUUUGGCAGAAGGAGAUUCUGGUCUUAUUCCCCUUGGCGUCGGGAUAACCACCACAAACCGUGGAGGCGCGUUAGGCUACCAGCUCAAUUCCGUGCCCCAAAGUACAUGGAUUUCUACCCAGAGUUCCGCCGCUCCCUUCGCGACUGGUUCCGGAAGCGAAGCCUCCAGAUGGAGGUCAUGUCGGAGCUCGUCAGGCUAAUAAAACGCCCUAUAGAUCGCCACUUCGGCCGCCCCGACUCGCUGCAGCGGUUCAACUCCUGCGCCGUGAUCGGCAACAGCGGAAUCCUGAUGAACAAUGACUACGGUGAGCUAAUUGAUGGUCAUAACCUCGUUAUCCGGCUCAACAAUGCUCGUGUCCAUGGAUACCACCGGAAUGUUGGCUCGAAGACCGGCCUUUCCUUCGUCAAUAGCAAUAUCCUCCAUGUCUGUGCUCGAAGAGAGGGCUGCUUCUGCCACCCCUACGGCGAGAACGUCCCCAUUAUCACGUACAUUUGCCAGGGUCUUCAUUUUCUCGACUUCACUAUCUGCAAUUCUUCGCAUAAGGCACCUCUCCUUGUCACGGAUUUGCGAUUCGACAUGCUUUGUGCUAGGAUUGUCAAGUACUACUCGCUAAAGCUGUUUGUUGAGGAGACAGGGAAGCCCCUGGAGGAGUGGAAGAAAUUUCAUGAUGAGAAAUUGUUCCACUACUCAUCAGGGAUGCAGGCAGUGAUGCUUGCCGUCGGAAUUUGUGAUCAAGUUAGCAUCUUUGGGUUUGGGAAGUCAUCGGAUGCUAAGCAUCAUUACCAUACCAACCAGAAGAAGGAACUGGACUUGCACGACUACAAGGCGGAAUAUGCCCUGUAUAAUGACCUGGUUGUGCAACCGCAGACUUGUCCCGUAUGGAGAAGACAUUAUUCCUAAGUGCAUGAUGAACUAUGUAAGAAUUAUACAUGAGAUAGAGUGUUGCUCUUUGUCAAUGUUGUGCAAAGAGAAGAGGCAAUACCUCUCAACCUCUAAUGCGGAAGUAGAUGAAGAGAGAAAGAGACCGCGUGGAGCAACGAGAUAAAGACACACAAGAAAGGGCAAACAUGAAGAAGAAGAAGAAGAGGAGGAGGAGGAGUUACCGUGGUUCGGAGACGUG